GUCUCCUGAGCGGUGACUCAGGCCGGCUUGUGGGGUGUUGCUGGAGGUUUCCUGACCUCUGUGUGGAGUCAGAAAACAGAGGAUGGUUUACAUGACUGUUUAAAAAAGGGAAACAGAGAUACAGAGCAGUCAUGAGUCUGAAACAUGUUACCAGGAGACCAUUUACCUUUGGACGGGACGGAGGGACGGAGCAACCCGACUGAAGGCAAGUACACAUGAUCUGACCCGCACUGGCUGUAAAAGCUGUGAGUAUUUUAACACAUGCUCAGGUGGACAGUUAUUUUUGAGCUUCGGUUACUUCAACAAAGAAAAAUAUUACAUUUUGUAUGGCUAAUCUUGAUCUAAUAUUGACAUUUUAUUUAACCCUUGCAUAAAUAAACUUACACCAGGGAGAGUGGUAAAUGUGAAAUAUUAAGACUUAUGAGACCCUAAAAACUCUCUAUAGAGACAGAGGACUAUUUGUAGCACAUAUAUAUACAUAUCUGUUCCUGAUUUUGAUGACCUACCUCUAUACCUACAUAAAAAAAAUAUAUUUUUUAGAACUAUAUUUGAAAAAAGUAUUGAAAUUUUCUGAAAAUGUCCUAAAUUUGCAGACGCCCUUUCUGUGUGUGUGGUGAGAGAAGAACCUGUUAUGUUUUUCCAACUUUCUUUUGAUUUUCCUGCAGAUGGUGCGUCUUUAAAACCCACACAGGAUACUCUCACAGCACGUGACCCUGUUAGCGGAGGAAAUACCAUUCCCGCUGACCUCAUCAGCAGUAAGUGGAAACCCUGAGUCCGAGCUGCAAACAAUACAGAGGCUAAAAGUUAUUGUUGUGACUUGACGGGGACUGUAAAAGCAAUCAGUGCUGGGAAGUACAACAGCAGUGUGAAGACACUGUGUGAGGGGCUGAAGGAGGACAGCGGCAACACAAUUUAAAUCUAUAAUACAACAGUGUCACGUCGCCUAAAUAAACUUUUGGAUAAUACCAAUUAGUAAGAAAAGUAAACGACUAUUUUCCCACAUAAUGUUUUGACCUUGGGUCGAUAAAUAGAGACUUACUGUACAUAAAGGUAAAAGAAAAUUAACAAAAAUAAGUUAAAUUAACUGUGGGGCUUUUUGGGACCCUUGUGUUUGGUGAAAUAAUUGCUGUUCCUACCAAAGAAGCUUCCUCUCUAUUGUUUAAAUACAUGAGAUAAACAUCUCUUAAUAACCUCAUAACUUCUCAUAACCUCUUUCUGAUUCUCAGUCUCACGUUGAUUCAGGCUUCAGGCCUUGUGUUGUUCGAUUAGUCUAACUCUAAUAAUGAGGCUCCAGUGAGACAAUCUUGAUUGUUUCUUCUUCAGCCCAGCCUCUGCCAGCAGCAGCAGCCCCACCAGCAGAGGCCUCCCAGGAGGCAGCAGAGUGUAAGAAGCCCACCUGCCCACGAUGUGGCCUCACAGUCCCCGAACACAGACUGCCCCCUGUCCUGCCGGCUGUGACUCGGUUGCAGGGAUCCAGCUUGUCUAUGCACAGCAGCAGCAGCAGCAGGAGGAGCAGGAGCACCAACAGGAGCAGGAGCAGUGCGGCCAGAUCACAGCGACCUCCAGCUGGUGAGAGCAACAAUGACACUCCUCUCUACACCGACAAGAAGACAUAUGAUUGAUACAUGAUAAACAGUAUUACUUAAGAUAAAGUAAGAUAAAAUAAGAUAAGAAGAACUUUAUCAAUCCCCGAAGGGAAAUUCAAUACAAGUAUACACAAUUUAACCACUUAACUAAACUGGAAAAAAAUAAUUUCAACACUGUUUUUGACAUAGAUACGAAAGAGGAUUAGGGCCACAAGAAGAGAAAAAAAUAAUAACAGGUGGGAGAUUUUAUUUAAUUUCCAUUUUGGGAUUAAAGUCGAAAUUUCAAGAUUAAGGUGAAAUAAAAGAAAGAGAAAAUGAAAAAAAAAAUCAAAAUUUUGACAUUAAAGUUGAGUUAAAAUUAUCGGAAAAAAAAUCGGAAUCACAUAAAUAAAGUUAAAAUCUCCACUUCAAUUAAAAAAUGUAAUUUUUUAUAAUCUCAAAGUUAUUCAUGACAUAGCGACAUUUUGUAAUCUCGAAAUUUCAAUUUUUGAUCUCGAAAUUUUGACUUUAUUGACAUGAUUUCAAACUUUUUUGAAGUCAAAAUUUCAACUUUAGUCUUAAAAUUUCAAUUUUGGAAAUUUGACUUUAUUGACAUAAUUUUGAUGUCGAAAUUUUGACUUUAAUCUCCUUCCUGUAAUUAUUAUUUUUUUCUCUUUAUGUGGCCCUAAUCCUCUCGUACAAAUAUGGUUGUUGGACAAAAACACAUAUUUUGUUUUUUUUAAAGCAACUUGUACAGACUUGUACGAUGAAGAUACUAGGUGUAACUGGAUGACACAUCAUGUAAACAGCACAGAUCACAAACAGUGCUUUACUACUAGAUAGAGUCCAGUAUUGUCUACUUUUCCAGUUGCUCUGUGAACUCUUAGUGUAAUUUCUAUCAGUUUAAGACUUUUCAGUGAUUUAGAAAUAAAGCAAAAAUGAAUCAAAGUAGGAGAGACGUUAAAUAAUCCUUGAUUUGAUCUUCCAUUAAGUCAACAAUUACUUCAAAGACAGAAAAACUUUCAUAAACAAAGACAGGAUCUUGUCUUUAUUUUUUCUUCUUACAAAACUGCAGUAAAAAGUUCCCUUGAAGACUUUCAAACUGCACUUUCAUCCAGUUUUAUCAAAGCCUGCGGCGAGCCACUCCCUGUUUAUCAUUGUGUUCAUGUAGUUAUCUCUAUGAAGUUGUGCGUUAAAUCAAUACACCGGCCACACAUAAAGAAAGCUCCUUUUCAUCUACACACAUAUAGAGAUAUUAGCAUAAGUUAUGUGCAGGGGGUGCAUAAUUGGAGCAGCUAAGCAGGAAAACGCUGAACCCCACUCCCCAGGGAAUUCUGCCACCUCCUUUUCAUUGACUUCCUGGAGUAAACAGGAUAAAACAGCUCCAUCUGCAUGAGCUCACUCUCUCUCUGCUCCUCCUGAGGAUGAAAACGAGAGCUGAGUAAUAAUACAAUGGUUAGGAUCAUAAAAGAUGCACCAUAACACACUGCUGGGGUUAAUAUAUGCAAUUUCAUCUGCACCCAAUUUGGAUGGAGAGCAAUUAUCAUGUGACAGCUCCUUCCCGGUUGUUGUUCAUCACUGGGAGCCUUUGUGGCCUUUUUGAUUUUCCCCCGAGGACUAACAGAGCUCUGUGAUUAAGUAAACACAAUCACACUUGAUCACUGCAGCUGAGUAGUUUCUCUUUUAACUUCUGGUUGGCACAACAAAUAAACAUGCAGGAGAUUAAUUUGGGUUAAUAGAAUCAUAAAUCCCCUUUUCUGAUCAUGUCUGACAAGCUCUGAGAACAAACCACAACUUUCUCGUGACCUCAGAUUUGAUAUUUCUUGAAUUAAUUACCCCUCUUCUCCCACAGACUCCUGUUUACACCUGCUGCUGGCGUGCUUGUACUGUCAGUGCUCUGUGCUGCUCCUGGGUAUGUUGGAGGCCUGCUCCUCCUGCCUCCAUGGCCUCUGCUCCACCUGCUGCCACGCCUGCUCCUGCUGCUGUUCGGCCAUCCAAGAUGUGCCCGUGGAGGAGCUGAACUGCAAUGCACACUGCCACUCGGUGAUGUUCGAGUCCUGCUGUGAGCCGACUGAGUGUCUGGAGUUUUGUCUCGAGUGCUGUGAGAUCUGCCACCGCAGCUAAGAGGAAGCUGGAAAGAGCGCUGGGUUUGAGGACUGAACUGGAACCACAGAUUUAAGACUUUUCAACUCCUCUGACUCAACAUCCCCCUUUUUUUUGGCCAAGAAAGAUGUAAAAAGCAGGACAACUGCAGAACUUUGCAAUCUUUAGGAUCACUUAAGUACUCUUACAAAGACGCCCUGUUUGAUGGUUUAUUUUUGUAUGGAGGACGAAUAGGGCCACUGGAAAAAAAAAGUCCAAUAAUAUAUUUUAAUUAUUAUUUUGAGAUUAAUCUUAGAAAUCUUACUUUAAUCUCGGAAUAAUUAUUUUAAAAAAUCAUAUUGGACCUUUUUUUUCCAGUGGCCUUAUUUCUCUUCCAUAAUUUUUGUGAAUGUCCACUAAUGUAAUAACUUUCUAAAGCAUUAAAAGUUGAUUUUGUCAAACUGU